UGAACGUCAUAUUUUGAAAGUUUUUAUUCUUGUCAAAUUUCGCAAAACACAAAUUUUAUCUGCCGUCGUGUUGCAGCCCAUAUUUAUUGGAUUUUGGACAUUUCUGAUUACCUUAAAAGCUGUUUUAUGUGCGAUAUGGUGGCCGGAAGCUCAUAACGCGUUUGAUGACACUGCGAUGAAAAUUGCUGGACGAGAGAGAAAAGUCAAUAGGGAAGAAGACUCAUACGCAAGACGGAUAGAAGCAUCUCGCCACAACUCUGAACUUUCACAGGUGUUUCAGCAGCGCGGGUCGACCACUCUACGGAACAUCCAUGACAACUACCAAGUUCUGAUCAAGCCUAAAUUACACCGAAGCAACUCUCUCUCUGAUCUUACCACCAACCCUAGCGAUUACAACUUCCCAGCAUUCGUCCUGUUCAAGCACAGCGGUCGGGGCUCGUGGGGCGAGCGCUCCGGAGACAGCGCGGCUACUCCCCGGGAGCGCCGGGACCAGCACCCACACAUGUCGUGGAAUGUCAAGUCUAAAAAAGAAAAAAAGAAGAGUGUAACAUCAGGGACGGCCGGGGCUAAAUUUGCUAAUGAGUACAUGAGGGCGGACACACACAUCUCCUCGUGCGCUGAAAACUCCAGUGAGUGCAGUAUCGACCACCUGGCUAGCAGGCACGGGGCUGCGUUUCCAUUUCAAUCUACGCCUAGUGGAAAUUUAAAAGUGCAAUCAAAUCAGGUGGUGUUCCAGUCGUCGACGGUGGGCGUGCUGCUGGCGGACCCCUCGCAGGCGCAGGUGCAGGUCAAGUUCCAGGGGAACUCCGGCGUGGAGCCCGGGGACCUGGGGCAGAACUUGAAUGACUUAAACAUGGAAAGCCAGAUGAUCUACGGCAGCCGGGACCUGUCGAGCCAGGUGUACCACCUCAAGACCACGGUGGAGCGACCGGCGCGGCCCCCCGGCAAAGACCGGGACCUGGAGAGCCUGGGGUAUGGCGCCGGCGCCGCAGUCGACUGGCGACACGUCACGCUGCCGAAGAAACAGGAUCUGGUGCAAGAGUUUAUCAGGAGGAUUCAUAAUUAUGUUAACACGGACACGGUGGUGCACAUCGGCGACGAGCAGUUCCACUGCCACCACGUGGUGCUGGAGGUGUACUCCACCUUUUUCCACAUGAACCCGCACCGCGAGGUCGAGCUGCCUCUUAACAGCGUAUCUCCUGAAGCCUUCCAAACUCUAUACGAAUGGAUGAUCUUCAGCGGGCAGGACAGCAACAAGACUUUGAAGCGAGAGAACGUUAUCUCUCUCUUCUGUGCCGCCCAGUACCUGUCGGUCAAAGAUCUUGAGGAGCAAUGUUGGGCGUUCAUCGUCAAUGAGGAUAUUUUCACAGAAGACACCGCUUUCAAUCUGUACAGGGAGGCCAAGACUCGAGGGCUGAGCUCUAUUGUGGAUUUAAUGGUUCCUCGGAUCAUGCGGUUCUUCCUGCCGCUGGUGGCGUCCACUGACUUCCUCAGCUUGGAGCUCGAGGAACUCAUGACCUUCCUCAAGUCUAACUACAUCUGUGUUACCAGUGAGAUCGAAGUCCUGAUGGCUGGGGUCCGCUGGCUGCACGGCGACUGGGCGGAGCGGCGCGCGCUGGCCGUGGACGUGAUGCGGUGCGUGCGCUUCGGACUCAUCUCCCCGUGGCAGCUGGUGGACAUCAAGAGGAACCCUGACAAUGCGGAGAUACUGGAGAUUGUGAACGACCCGGAGGUGCAGCAUAUGGUUGAUGAUGGGUUGGCCUAUGUGAUAAUAAAAUACUGGUACGGAAACAACUCGAAGAAUUACUACCACUGGAUCGAUGUCUUGGGACUAUCAGAGCCGGCAGAAAGGAAUUGGAUUGGUGAAGAGAAGAAUCACGUGACGUACAAAGACUUCCUGAAAUACUUGGAUCAGUUCCUGGUGCCGAAGGAGCAGAUGUUUGAGUACAUGGCGUCCAUGCCGCUCUCCAGGAGAGACGAUAUACCAGGUACAAUGCGCGGCACAGACGACAACACUGACUCCAGAAGGUCGAAGUUCGACUUCCCGCUGCCACAGACCCUCAGAGCCUUCACCGGAGACGGCAAGGGACUGCCCAAUAUGAACGAGUUCUUUGAAUGUAAACCAAAGUCUCGCGACCCUGGCGCGGGGUCCCCAAGCGCGGGGUCCCCCGAGCUGACGGGUAUACCGGAGCUGAACCUGCAGGGCGGGAGGCCGCGCAGCCCAGACCGAGACACGCUCAAGGAUGCCGCCAUGGAGGAACGCCAAAAGUCUGCAGAACAUCAAAGGUCAUCAAACCCCGAACAACGAAGACAAACAUUCCAAAUAGCACACUGCACGGAGGGUCCUUCAAAGAAGCUGAACAUGCAGAUAUUCAAAAACUCGCAGCUGCACGACCCUCCAGAGAGGGACUCUGAGGAAGCUCGCACCACCAACAGCGAGACUAGCACGGAUACUGGCGACCGACGGAUGGAGUACGGUCAGGAGCGGCGACACAGCGUGGCCGCGUCGUACCUGGCCGCCGCCACCGCCGCGCUCGCUGGCACUAAAGCAACAAGCAACGCGCCCAUAUCGCCCACGAAGCCGCACACGUACCCGUCUCGGCAGGAGCACGCCAAGCCCGGCCCCGAGGGGCGCCUGCAGAGCCCCUCCAUCUCGCUGUUUCACGAGAGCAAGGACUCGGUUUAUAGGAAUAACUGCAACAAGCUCUCAACCUCAGCACUGGGUCCUCCGAACAAGAACUACGUGACGCCGGGCUCGCUGUUCCACUGGGACCGCGAGACCGUGCUCGUGUUCGGUGGCAUCGACCCGCACACCACGUACGGGACUGGACGGAACACCGGCAAGGACAUCUUUAGGUUCGACCCCGUCACGAACGUGUGGGACUGCGUGGGCGAGCUGCCGGAGCCGCGCCACCACCACUCCGUCGCCUUCCUCCGGGGGCGAGUCUAUCUUGUGGGCGGCGCUGACCCGCGCGACGACGACGUGCGCGGCAAGUCGGCGGUGGUGGCGACGGCGUGGAGCCUGGAGCCGGCGUCGCGCGCGUGGUACAGCGAGGCCGGGCUCGCCACGCCGAGGAAGACCUUCGCGCUCGUCGCACACAAGAUGGCGCUGUACGCUAUAGGCGGACAGGAUAAGAAGGGCAGAGUCCUCCGCUCAGUGGAACGCUUCGACCCGAAGGCGGGCGCGUGGUCGCCCGUGCGCUCGAUGCAGACGGCGCGCAUGGCGGCCGCGGCCACCAAGUACCGCGACUACAUCUGGGUCGCCGGCGGCAUGACCGGGGAGAAGAAAAGGCCGCUUUGUAGUGUGGUGGAGUGCUACAACUCUAAUACUAACGAGUGGACCGAAAUCCACCAUCUACGGUUUCCGAGAUGCUUCGCCACGCUGUUCUCCAUGAAUGACAAACUUUAUCUUGUCGGUGGAGCUGGCAGACUAUCAGAAAAGGAGAAGUCGGCGAGCAGCGUGGGCGCGGUGGACGCGUGGGACUGGGCGGCGCGCGAGUGGCGCCCGCACACGGAGCUGUCCAUCCCGCGCCACGGACACGCGCUGGCGUACCUCGGCACGCAACUUAUUGUUAUUGGUGGAGUAACAACAAUAUACAUGAGAGCCCUAAACAACGUGGAGUCGUACUGCUGCGAGCGUGGCGCGUGGAUCCGCGGCGUGGCGGCGCUGCCGUCGCCGCUGUCGGGCCACGGCGCCGUGACCCUGCCGCCCGCCUCGCUCAUGUGACCUGCCGGUAUUAGGUACCUUCACCCUACUGUUUCGAUGCCUGCAAAUUGACGGAUGAGGGGGACGUCACCCUACCACCCGCCUGCCUCGCUCAUG